GUACUGACGACUAUUCGUCCAAUCGCUCUGGAUGCAAUCGGUAGUGAAAUUAUUCCAUUUGACCUGCCUGCAGAUAUCGAGUCCCGUGUUGGAAAACACGGGGCAAAACACACCGGUGUAUCCUCGUGUAACCCAGACGUUUCAAAUGACCACGUGGAUACCGACUAUUUGUGGGCAGAGAAUGCAGCGCUCCGACAGCAACUAGCCGAGUGCAAACGCUUUCUUGCUAAGGUGCUCGACCAGCCACUAUCACAAGACGGGAUCGUCGCGCUGAACGAUGUGGAUCCCCUUCAGACAACACAACAACCAAUGAGGCAGCCAACCAAGUACCACGAAUUUGCUGAGGAUGCGGGCGAUUCCGCGUACUUCACCUCCUACGGACAUUUUGCUAUCCAUGGUGAAAUGAUCACUGACCAAGUUCGCACUGAAUCUUAUCGGACAUUUAUCCUAUCGAACGCCGAUGCAUAUUUUUCGGGUAAACGAGUCCUGGAUGUAGGGUGUGGUUCCGCCAUCCUAUCGCUAUUCGCAGCCGAGGCUGGGGCGGAUCACGUCUACGGUGUGGAGGCGUCAACGGACAUAUUUGCAGCUGCCCUCGAAACAAUCAACACCCAAAUGUCUCACUUUCUGCCUGUCCCGUUUCGCUUCCCAGUGAUUAUAUCUGAAUGGAUGGGUUAUUUUCUGCUUUUUGAAUCAAUGCUGGAUUCUGUCCUCACGGUGGCUCGUCGCUAUCUUAAGCCUGACACAGGAUGCAUAUUUCCACGACACUAUACCCUCAACUUGUUGGGUAUUAGUUGUGGUUCGAAACUGCGGCACGAUCAUCUGGAUCUCUGGACGAGCGUUUACGGCUACCGAAUGCCUGCUCUGCGUCGUUCGGCGCUUGCGGAAGCACACGUUCUCGAUCUGACGGAUCCGAGGACGGUCGGUGGGACGCAGGAUGUUGCUGGAUCAUCUGAGCUGUGUAUUUUGACAUCGAAACCCCACCAACUUUAUAGUCUGGAUCUGAAAGAGGUCCUUUCUAACAGUUCACAGCCGACUGAUCUUUUACAGCUUGGAGAACGCCCGUUCUCUCUCCUAAUUGAUCAAGACAAUCUCGAAUCAACGAUGAUUCUCGAUGCCUUGGUAGGCUACUUUGAUGUUCGGUUUGAUGAUGAUGCUCCGGUUAAGGUGGAAUUCUCUACCUCCCCAACGACGAAACCCACACACUGGAAACAAACAGUAUUCUUUUUGGACAAACCCCUGAGAGUCAAAGCUGUCGCUAUGAUAUUCGAGAUACCGCGAUGCAUGCAUAUUCGUAGUGCACUACUCAUAAGGUUGCUGGAAAUCAGUCGACAGUCCACGACCGGUUUCGCCCUUCUUGGGGCUCAUCAGGAUCUUUCACCCUUUUUGGAUCCACAGUUCGACCAUAAACAAUGGAUUAAUGAAGUUUUGACCGCAACCACUGGGGAUCACAAUGUUGAACAACAGGCUUCCGAGCUGGUUCUACAACUCCAAGCUCAGAUGAAGGAAGUCAUGCAGUCGAUCGAACGGUCAUGCCAAGAAGCUGUUCAUUGUGUUCCGCGACUACUCCGUGAAGUGGACACUUUGAAGGUCGAUGCCAUCGCUUUAGGAAACGAGCUAGCCGCAAUGCGCGACAACAUCAGUCAAGUACGUGCGAGUUCUGAUCUGUCGAGCGUGGUGUUUGUAGUGUUUCGUGGAUUCAUGAAGUCCCUCUCGUUCCCCCGCUCUACCCAACAGGUCGAUUCAACUGGGGAGCAAAUCAUCAGCCAGUUGGCGGAACUCGACCGAGCUCGCCGAAACGCACAUGCCGCAGCCAAUGCUCUGCGGGAAACCGAUCGAUGGUCUAGUUUGGUGCUGGGGAUUGGGGAAUUGUUGGAAGCUGGAGAAAUGGAUCAGGUUUGUUGCAAUAUCGAAGGAAUGGAACAGUGCCUGACCGCCCUAACCCAUUUACCAGACUAUAACGACCGAUUGCAGUUGGUUGCGCAACACAAAAACUCGUUGGAAAGCCUAGUCGCUCCGCAACUCAUUCGGGCUCUGGGAGAGACAGUCCCCAGCCAACCAGAUGACGCUAGUAGUACUCGUUGGCCUUCGGGCGCCUCAUUUGAAGCAAAGCAUUUGGUCAGUUUGUUGUACAGAAUCGGACGUGAGGGUGCUGCGAGCAAUUACUACACGAAUUGGAUAAAAUCUUGCGUCCUGUCUACCUGGGAGCAAUGUUGUUCGUCCAACCCAAGUUUAGAUCCGACUUCGGACACUUACCGAUUCUUCACACUAUUCACCAAUCGAUCCACUUCACCAAAAGACCCUUUCUGUGCUCAGCUGGACGUGGAUUCGUCAACUCCAGCUCGAGAACAAAUCAUCUUUACAGUAUUCUACGCUCAGCUGCUGCACCUCAUCAACAACCAACUUGCUACACACUUGUUCCCCGACUUACAGUCGGUGAAGGUUACAGGAGCUUUCGCCGAGGCGCUCAAAGAUCUCACUGAAAAGAGGCGGAUAUUAAUCAUGGGUUCUGCUCCUCAAUCUAAACCUCCUCAAGUAGACUACGUCGCCAAUCUGCUAAUGAUCACGCUCAAUUGUUGCACCCAGUUUGGAAGAGUUGUUGAAUCCCAAGUCCCUGGUAUUUUUGCCGAGACUCCCUCCAUACCAGACGCUGAACGAAAGGGGGUUCAUGAGAUGACGCUUCAGCUGUGUCGAACUUUGUUGGAUCCUUUCGGAAAUUUCGGUGAACUGUUUGGAAAGGAGACAAAGAGCUUGUUUGAAGCAGAGUUGUCAAAAGUCAAUCUGACUGAUGCACGUGCGACCCCGGAGUUUGUUGAGCGCCUGAGCCAAACAAUGUCCGCGGUGAUUCAACUGAUCAACACAACCAUACGCAGAUGUUUCGAUAUCUCGAUGGGUAUUGGCAUCCCAUAUUUACUCAGUAUUAUUCAAAGCUUCUUCGAUAGCUUCCUUGCGAAGUGGACGAUUGCAACUGAGCGCUCCGCAGAGCCAUUUAUCGCAGCCGAUGCGAAGUCCGGUUUCAGUCAGAAUUCCGGGCUCACGUGUGCUCUACAUCUUGCGAGUCUUACAGGUGAAUUGAGCCUUCAGUCUCAUUCAUUUGUGGAGGUGGUACUUACCAAAUCAGCUGACUUGUUUGCACGAAUUCUGUCCGACACGGAGAGCUCAUCUUUCCUCAGUGCUGGUGAAUUCCCACGUGAAUCAUUGUGGCAAAGCACACAGUCGUUCACGUCUGCGGACUGGAUUCUUCUGCGUCUGCUGGUUGAGUGUCACCCCACUGCCUACCAGAACACAGUACGUUUACUCGCACAUCCCUCUACUACCCCCACCACCACCACUACCGUCACCAAACCAGUUGAUCCGGUACAAGAUGGGACUGGGGGCGUGGGGAUGCAGGCAACUCUUUCCGGUCUCCAUCGGUCUAAUGUUACUGCCUGCCGCGCUGCUGUUUCUCUUGUUCGGCGAGUUGCUCUUGCCCCGAUAAGCCAAGUGCUGAACACCGUUCCCUCUAUGCCAGUUUGGUCGUUUAUGCCUGGGAGUGGUGAGGCAAAGUUUCCCGACCUUGCCUAUCUUCCACAAGAUUAUAUCACUCAGAUCGGCCAGUAUUUACUCGCGCUCCCAGAACAUUUGGAACCUUACAUGUCCGAGAUUGGGACAGAUGCUGAAUCGGAACAGCAUAUUUCCGGUCGAGGGUUAGCAGAAUGCUUGCACUUGGGUGAUCCGGACGCGGCCUCCGUGGCUCUUAUAGCCAACAAAACCCCUGGACCACAAGAGGAGACCGGUGACAGCAGCAAACUAACUCCCCGUCGUCGGCUGACCAGCCUUAGUGGUGGUCACAAAUCACAGCAGGGAGAAAGAUCGGUUGAAACAUUCACAAGUGCAGCCUUUUGUUGGUUAGAGUCGUUUGUCUCCGGGGCCGUCUGCGAAUCACUCCUGACGACGUGGCUUCGAAUCGGAGGCAGUCCACAGAACAAAGAGCAAUCCCAAAAGAAGAAAAAGAGGCCAAUCAGCUCCAGUCACCGAACCAAGCCUGAUCUAAGUGACAGUGAGAGCGAAUUGGAGGAUCACGUGAAUCUGACAGAACAUGGAGCAAAACAAUUGACCGUGGACUUGGAUUACUUGCAGAACCUACUGGAGGACAUGGGACUGUCUUUUCCUGGGAAUCUACAGGCGCUUCGUGAACUUAUCAAUUGCUCCCCGAGUGAGUUCGCUGAACUGAGUGCCGAUCGACCCCCGCGGAUUGUCAGUGCUCUCGAAAGGCUCCGCGGUCUCUGAUCAAGGACUCUAUUGGGCACUUUAUGAAGGCUGUGCUUCAUCAUGCUCGUUGUUAUUUCUUGUUUUUUUCUACGUAUUUGUUUCGCUUGAGGACCUUGGUUACAAGUGCCUUUUUCAAAGAUUAUCUUUUUCUCCAAAGUCCGCAAAGAUCCAUCACACUCGAUGGAAUGAGCGGCUUUGUGCUCAUACGGAAAUCUUGCUUAUUUUGCCACGAAUGAGUCGGAUCCGAAUGGCAUGCUCAUGGGCGCUCGUCAGUAUCAGUAGACUGAUCUACUGAUUUUGUGUUUUGGUGAACAGCUUUGAAAGCUAAAGUUGCCCACUGUCAGGACGCGUUCAUCCUUGGUCUAACUCUGUCCAAAAAGUACACAAUUACUCAG